CAUAGCCUCCAUCACUUGAAACUUUUCUAUUCUGUAACUGUGAUCCCAGCAGCGAGCACUUCAGCUGUGUGCUGCUGUCAAAACAGCUGGGAGAUAUUAAAGGGCCAUGCCACUUAAUGUUGUCCUGGAUGGGCCACCCCCCUGGGGUUUCCGUCUGACAGGAGGAAAGGACUUCAACCAGCCUUUGACCAUCUCCAGGAUCACUCCUGGCAGUAAGGCAUCUGGUGCCAACUUGUGUGCUGGUGACAUCAUCCUGGCCAUCGAAGGAGUCCCAGCUGCAGACAUGCUGCACUGUGAGGCACAGAGCAAGAUCAAGGAAUGCUACCACCAGCUCUGCCUCACUGUGGAAAGGAAUGACUCCAGGCUGUGGUCCCCACGGAUUGUGGAGGAUGGAAGAGCUCAUCCAUUUAAAGUUAACCUGGAGUCACAACCACAGGAAUAUAAACCCAUCGGCACUGCUCACAACCGAAAGGCCCAGCCGUUUGUGGCAGCAGCAAACUUGGAUGACAGGCGUCAGGUGGUCACCACGUCCUAUAACACUCCUAUCGGCCUGUACUCCUCAGGCAACAUCCAGGACGCCAUGGAGGGUCAGAUCCGGGGCCUGGUUCAUCAAAAACCUGAGAGUCCCAGAGCUCUGACCAGCAUCGAGGAAUCUGAUGUGUACCGAAUGUUACAGAAAGACCAGGAUGACCCACAGGAGCCUCGGCAGUCUGGAUCAUUUAAAGCCCUGCAGGAGUUUAUAGACAGUGAUGGCACUAGACCCAUUGUGACUCGCACAGUGAAAGCCCCCACGACCAAACCCCCUCCGCCUACAGGAAACCUGCAUAAGCUGCCCGUCUGCGACAAGUGUGGGAAUGGGAUUGUUGGGACAGUGGUGAAAGCCAGAGACAAAUUUCGCCACCCUGGUUGCUUUGUGUGUGCUGACUGUGAAGUCAACCUGAAACAGAAAGGCUAUUUCUUCGUUGAAGGUCAGCUGUACUGUGAGAUUCACGCUCGAGCCAGAAUGAGACCUCCAGAGGGCCACGACCUCAUCACGACAUUUCCCUCUCCUUAGAUCCUUCCCCUAAUUAGCACAGACAUAAACACUUUGGCAAGUCCUCUCAGGUCCUAUUUGUUUUGUUUUGUGCUGCACUUCUGUUGCUGUUUGUGCAAAAUAAUCAGAGCUCUGUGAUAUUUCCCAAUGUAACACUUUAUCAUUAUAUCACGUUUUGCAGCUGAUAACUGGACACCAUCAUUAUUUAAAUGGAAAAGUUUUCACCACUUUAAGUCCAAGUUUUAUUUUUUUCAAGUAAAGAGCUUUGAUUGUCAGCUUCAAUAUUAAUAUUGUUUGAAACAAAGCAACGAGUAAUACGCCAAAGCCAUGCUUCAAAACUGUCAUGCUAGCACAACUGUAAAAUAAAAAAAAAAAAAAAGGAAAAUCACAUUUCAUUGCAUGGGUCAGAACUUUGGAAGUCUUGAUUUGUGGAGUUUUUCCCUCAGUAAAACGUAUCUAAUUGCAGAAGACAGCAUUUGGAGCUUUGUUAGCAGCAGGAAUCCCCAAACUAGUUCCUGCUGUUAUUUCAAGAUAUCUCCCUAGAAACUCAUGAUCAACAAAACUUUUUUUUGUAAUUUGUCACAACUUACAAGCUAAUAAACUUGAACUUAUAGCUUA